AUGAUGAAGGUAUAUCCACGCACACGAGAGAGGGAGCGAGCUUGGAAGCUCGGUCUGUGGUCUGUGAUCGGAGCCGUUAUCCUGACUCCCUUUUCAAUCUUGCUUCUCGACAAGGAGAUUUAUCUCCCAUUGAUCCUCGAAUAUCCCUGGGCCUUCUCCGUUAUUCUCGAGUCUGUGUGUGUUUUGCCGCAGCUGCUUCUACUUCGCCAGACCACCGUCCCGACAGUGAUUGAUUCCUAUUACCUGCUUGCUUUGGGCUCCUACCGGGCAUUCUAUAUUCUCAACUGGAUUAUCCGUAUCUCCAGCAAAGCACCUUUCUACGAUUGGAUCGCGGUCGUGUUUGGAAUUGUACAGACCGCGUUUUAUGUCGACUUCGCUUGGGUAUACUAUUCUCGCCAGCGAGUCAAGCUUCGUAAUGGUGGUGUCGUUGAUUCCGAAGACUACGGAAACAGUUGGCUGGUGAACCGGGUUGUGAAUUUCCGCGCAUCCCGACACUCCACGGACGAAGAACAGCGCCUUCGAGACGAGGAGGAAGAGCUGGAUGGACAAACAAAUAACAACCGAUGGGGUGCUCGCGGUAUUUCCAUUGCAGCUGAUGAUACCCUGGAAAACAAUGGUCACUACAAGGGACAGCACCGUGAUGGUAGCUUAGACGAAUUCUCAGGAGACGAGCAUCGCUAG